GGACUCGAGCGCGAAUAUCUGAUAAUUGUAAAGGAAUGAUGCGUCGGAGAUUCUUUUCCACUCUCCGACAACUCCAACAUGACAAUCCGCUGGGCCUCCCGCGCUCCGGCACGCCGCCAUCCUUCCCACGCCGUCGUGGCCUGCCUGAGAAAAGGAAGAUUCGCGAUGUGAACAAGGUGAUAGCGGUCUCGUCUGCUAAAGGCGGGGUCGGUAAAUCGACAAUUGCCGUGAAUAUUGCAUUGGCGCUUGCCAGGCGUGGAAUUCGCACUGGCAUUCUUGACACGGAUAUUUUUGGGCCUUCGAUACCCACGCUAUUGAAUCUCUCUGGAGAGCCGCGGCUUGACGAUAAGAACUGCCUUGUUCCUCUCACAAAUUAUGGCCUCAAAUCCAUGUCCAUGGGCUAUCUUCUCCCUCCACCACCCCCAGAGUCAACAAUCACCACCUCCGAUCCCAACAUACCGCCCAUGGACACAACCCCUAUCUCUUGGCGAGGACUCAUGGUAUCAAAAGCGAUGAACCAGCUACUCCACUCCGUUUCAUGGGGCCCACUGGAUGUGCUCAUCCUCGACUUACCUCCCGGAACGGGAGACGUGCAACUGACCAUUAAUCAAGAAAUCGUAGUGGACGGCGCAGUGAUUGUGUCUACACCACAAGAUAUCGCACUUAGGGACGCUGUCAGAGGUUACGGCCUUUUCGAGAAGAUGAACGUGCCCGUUUUAGGUAUGGUGAGGAACAUGGCCUUUUUCGCCUGUCCGCAUUGCGGUAAGCAGACGAGAAUAUUCUCUCGAGGCUCAGAUCCUAAAGGAGCCCAGGAGGAUACAGCUGGCCAUGCUCAUGAUACUAGUGGCGUUGUGGCGACUUGUAAACGCCUAGGCAUUGAGUUUUUGGGAGAUGUUCCGCUUGAUGCUAGGGUGUGUGAAGACGCUGAUCGCGGUGUUCCCACCGUCGUUGCCGAAGAGAGCGAUGAUAGGAGCGUGCGACGGAGUGCAUUCAUGAGUAUCGCUGAAAAGGUUGCUAGGAAGGUUGGACUGGAAUGGAAAUGAUGGAUUCGGAAACACGGUGUGCCCGAGUUUCAAUAGGCUCCAUCUGAACAUCCUUUCUCUCCGUGCAAGAAUGCUGCUUGAACGAAUGAUGAGUGGGUUACAGGUCGAAGUGACGCCCACCUGUCCCCCAGCGCCCUUCUUGUACUAGGUGGUUGAGGGUUUCUACGAACGCUGGAACGAACUUGUAUGAUAUGUAAAAAUAGUCAACUCCAAGCAUGUAACUCCAUUAGCUAUAUCACAACGUAUUCCGAUAUUAA